AUGGCUGAAGCCAAUGGCCGCCGUCGUGUUGAAACAGUGAUCGACAUAAGGAAACCACCCGUGAGCUUCAGCGGGGGUCUUGUGUUUGAGUGCCUGACUUACACAGUGACAAAAAAGGCAAAGGUGGAGGGGAAGUGGUCGAAUGAAGAGGUGGAUUUGCUGCAUGAUAUAACUAGUUAUGCUCCAAAGGGGUGUAUCACUGCAGUGAUGGGCCCCAGUGGUGCAGGAAAGUCCACUCUUUUGGAUGGUCUUGCUGGGAGAAUUGCUAGUGGAAGCCUUAAAGGGAAGGUCUCCUUGGAUGGUGCAACUAUGAGUGCAAGUUUGAUCAAAAGAACUUCUGCAUAUAUCAUGCAGGAAGAUAGGCUUUUCCCUAUGCUAACUGUCUAUGAGACUUUCAUGUUUGCUGCCGAUUUCCGCCUUGGACCACUCUCACUUGCCGAUAAGAAACUCAGAGUGGAGAACCUCAUUAACCAGCUUGGCUUAACGUCAUCUCGGAACACCUACAUAGGAGAUGAAGGGACAAGAGGAGUGUCCGGCGGAGAGAGGCGGCGCGUCUCAAUCGGCGUGGACAUCAUCCACGGCCCAUCACUUCUCUUUCUGGACGAGCCAACCUCAGGGCUAGACUCUACCAGCGCCCACAGCGUGAUCGAGAAAGUGCACGACAUCGCACGCAGCGGCAGCACCGUCAUCCUCACCAUCCACCAGCCCUCGUCCAGAAUCCAACUCCUCCUCGACCACCUCAUCAUCCUCGCACGGGGCCAGCUCAUGUUCCAAGGGUCGCCGCAAGACGUGGCCCUCCACUUGUCACGCAUGCCACGCAAAGUCCCCAAGGGAGAGAACCCCAUUGAAAGUCUCAUUGACGUGAUCCAAGAGUACGAUCAGAGUGAGGUUGGAGUUGAAGCACUUGCAGAAUUUGCACGCACUGGGGUGAAACCACCUCCUUUGUCCAACCAGCCCCACUCAGUGUCCCCUGUUGCACCCUCUUAUGCCAAUUUCUCUCACCUUAGCCACAGGUUUGAGGAGAAAUCUUUGGAGUUUUCGCAGGCGAGUAGAAGGGCAGUGGACGGUUUUGAUCACAGUCUCAGAAGUCCCUAUAACAACACUUCCAUGUCGUGGAGCACUGGGAAUAGUGCAGCAUUUCUCAAGUUCACACCAGCACGUCUUAAGAAUGAUCACAAGCCCCACAAUAACACAAGAAAAAAUGCUUCACCUGGCUACUACACAUACUCGAGUGAAAUCUUUCAAGCCACUCCAACACCCCACAGCAGUGACUACGCAGUGAAUGAGAAUGACUACCUCACUCCCUCAAAUGGCACAAAAGAACACCUUGGCCCAAAGUUUCAAAAUUCUUACAUAACAGAGAUAUGGAUACUCAUUCGCCGCAACUUCAUAAACAUAAGGCGCACCCCUGAGCUUUUCCUCUCAAGACUCAUGGUUCUCACCUUCAUGGGCUUCAUGAUGGCCACCAUGUUCCACAACCCUAGAAAAGAUUUGCAAGGAAUCACCAACCGCCUCAGCUUCUUCAUCUUCACAGUCUGCCUCUUCUUCUUCUCUUCCAACGAUGCUGUCCCAGCCUUCAUCCAGGAAAGGUUCAUCUUCAUACGGGAAACUUCUCACAAUGCCUAUAGAGCUUCCACUUACACCAUUGCAGGCAUCAUCACUCACAUGCCAUUCAUUCUUCUCCAAGCAGCUGCCUAUGCAGGCAUUGUUUGGUUUGCCCUAAAACUCCGAGGCCCUUUUCUUUACUUCUUGCUUGUUCUAUUCGUUUCUCUUCUGUCAACAAAUUCAUUCGUUGUGUUUGUGAGCUCAGUGGUGCCAAACUACAUAUUGGGUUAUGCUAUGGUUAUUGCCUUCACUGCCUUGUUCUUCUUGUUCUGUGGAUACUUCUUGAGCGGCCAUGACAUUCCUCGUUACUGGCGUUGGAUGAACACAAUUUCAACGAUGACAUACCCUUAUGAGGGGCUGUUGAUGAACCAGUACCAGGUCAACGAUACGUUUGGAUAUAUAGAUGGAGUACCCAUUACCGGUUUUCAGAUCUUGGAAAGUCUACAUAUCAAGACUGAUGGAAGUAGGAAGAGGACAGUGGUGCUUAUAAUGUUUGGUUGGGCUGUGCUAUACAGGAUUUUAUUUUACCUAGUCCUUCGUUUUGCAUCGAAAAACCAGAGGUCGUAGAGAACUGUAUCUA